GAAAGAAAGAAAUGGCAUAUUGUCAAGUAAUUUUGUUUUCUUUUUCAUAUCAUAAUUUACACUUAAAAGAAUGUUGUUAUAAAAUGGCUAGUAUUUGAUAAGGUCUAGAGCAUAAGCUCAAUCACUUUCUUGUUAAUUUCACAAAUUUUAACAAAGUAACGGUUACAACAUUCAUUUAUUUGUUUCUUCCACAAACACAAUCAGAAUAAAGUAAUAAAUUAUCAGCAAAUGCAUAUGUUAAAAAAAAAAAACACAGUAAAAUUAACAAGUAACUGAAUAAAGUAAUAAAUUAUCAGCAAAUGCAAAUGUUAAAAAAAAGCACAGUAACCGAUUACUAAAAACAGUCUUCAAUGCAAAUAACUCAUUUGUCAGAUCAGCCUUGUUGAAUUUCAUAUAAAUCCUUACCCAGUCCAUCACUAAAAUCACAAGACUUGCAUAGAACGCAUAGAAGUUAAAAGUUUCAAAACUUGCCUAAUACCAACCAUGUCAAGUAAAUCUCAGGCACUGCUAGUAGCAUUGACAUGGAUGGUCAUGUUGGUCCAAACAGGGCUAGCUCAGCUGCCACCGCCACCAUCACAACCGGAUUCUGUCCUAGGCAUUCCAGGGCUAUUCCCUCCAGGGACGCCAAAAGAAGUGUUACAGUGCUGGUCAUCUCUCACAGACACUCGAGGGUGUGUGGUGGCCAUAUUUAGCUCUAUUUUGAGUCUGAAUUUUGGAAAUAUUGGGCAAGCUUGUUGCGAGUCAUUUGUUAAAAUCAGCAGCGACUGCUGGCCUAAAAUGUUCCCUCUGAAUCCUUUAUUUGCUCCACUGCUUAACAGCACUUGUGCUGCUCUCAUUGGAAAGUCUUUACUUUUAUGUUCAUCACCAUGCCAAAAAAAAAAAACUCGACUUUUAUGUUCAUCACUAAUAGCAGCAACAUGUACCGCCAUGGUAUUCCAACUAGGGCAAACCCAACUUCCAUUGCUAACCUCUAUCGGACUCAUCCCUGGUCUACCCCAGCUGGUAAACCUUGGUGACAUAACCAAGCGUUUGUCAUCAGUGAAGGACAUACAAGGCUGUCUAAUGGGACUCCAUACAUCUGUUUCUACUGUUCAGUUUGCAGACACGAUUGGCUCAGCUUGUAGCAAGGCUUUCCUUGCAAUAGAUGGGUAUUGCAUGUCUAAACUUUUUACUUUAAACCCUUUAUUUCCCCCAUUGCUUAAGAGCUAUUGCUCAAUCUAAUGCAACAAGUCCAGGGACUUCACCUCCAGCUCCCUUACCUGAUCGGUAAGGGCAGUAGUAGCAGGUAGUUAUAGGACAGCAAACAUGAAAUUAUGGUUUUCCUGUUACACAUUGCCGUACAGAUUUUUAUUUUUCUUACUUUUAUUUAUUUAUUUUGUUAUCCAGAUGAGAAAGUAUACAUGUGCUUUUGUGUUUUUAAGUGUUUUGUGCUUAAAUAAUUGCAAGGUUGUUGAAUCUCAUUAUCAAUUAUUCUGUUUCUUUCUCUUCCUUUAAAUGAACAAUCUAAUCUUUAUGCCUCUUUUACAAAUAAAAAAUAAUUAAGGAAACAAAAUAAAGAAGAAAAUAAGAAAUUUAAACCAUCUUUUCCCAUAUACCAGAAUCUAAAUUCGUGUUCUUUUCAAUUUGAAAUCUAUAUGGAUUUAAUAGUAUGUACAAAACCCAAAGAUACAUAAAAAAUAUGAUUUUCUACUGAAUCAACAUAGUUUCGUGGAAAAUGUCUCAUAGUAAUGUUGUGACAAAGGACAAAACUCCACAACACCAAUAAAUCAAAAA